AUGCACAGCACACGCGGCUAUCUUUCCCUUUCACACCCCAGUUUAUUACUAAACACACCGAAUCUACCCUUUUCUCAGCCUCGUGCUCGUACUCGCACAACGGAUCCUCUUCCGGACCUUUUUUUUAGGCGCUCGAUCGAUGCGCACACCGGUCAAUCCUUUCGAUUUUAUACUUCUUUCCUUGGAAAAAUAAGUCCGAACACCUUGAUUCAAGUUUUUUUUCCAAAGGAUUACUCGUGCAAUCUAUCCACGCAUACUCUUGCCUUGCAAGUUUCUCCUUGCGAAAGAAAGAAAGGCGAGUUGGUGGUGGGGACGAUGCGCGCCAUCUCAUCUGAUGUCUUGUCAUGUCGUUGCGUCUCUACUCCAUCUCCCCGCCUCCCCGCCUUGCAAUUCUUACAUCAGGUCAUUGACAGAUUUUUCUUUCCUAACUGCUGGCCAGCCUUAACGUCGACCCUUUUCGGGCUGGCAGUGCCGACGAGCAAAUAG